AUGGAAGAACCAUUUGGAAAUGCAUACAUUGAUGAAUUAUUACACAUUUGCUCAAAAAAUGCUGAGCAUUAUGAAAAAGACAUUUCAGAAUACGGUCAGAGAAUGGUGUUGGGUUUCAUAGGUAUAAUUGAUCAUGUAAAUUUAAUUGUACCUUUGGUAAAUAAUAUCAAGGAAGUAAUGUCAGAUUUUGAUUUUGAUGAAAAAACUCCUGGAAAUGGAUACAGAAGUUUUGUUGCUGUAGUGCAUUCCAGUUUUAAACAUGCUUUCGAAUUGUCUAAUUACAUAGCAGCUAAUAAAGAUUCUAUAAUUUUUCGUAAAGGAUUUUAUGUCAAAGAAGUAGAAGCCAUUUCUCGUUUAAUUGCUUCCUUGUUGUCUUGCCUUAAAUAUUUAGAAAUAUUAUUAAGCUGGAGCAAUACUGGAGAUUUAUUUCCUUCUGCUGAGCAUUUUUCCGAUAUUCUCAUUCAACAAUCUGAAAAUAUAAAUCAGUUUGCUUUUUAUGGGAGAUGCAUGGGUAUUCAGUUUUGCUCUUCUGUUCAACCGGUAUUAAAAUUUAUUUCAAUAUUUAUGGCAUCAUUUAGUGAAAUAUAUUACAAUUUUGGAGGGUUUUCAGCCAAAGCUUUAAGCUUAUUUUCUGGUAGUAAAUUUUUAAUAGACCCUGAACUUAGGGCACAAAGAAUUGUUAAUAUAUCACAAAAUGCAAGCAUUGAUUUUUGCAAAUCAUUUUGGUUUUUAACUGAAUCUGAGCUCAUGAAAAAAAUCCCUGAUUUCAUAUGUCGCAGUUUAGCAAUCAACCAUCAAAUUAAAAUCCCUUCAGAACCUUUAUCCAUUUUGAAUUUAAAUGGAGAAGAAAUUGAAAUUCCAAUACCUUCAUCACACAUACCCGUAAAUUCAAUCCAAGUAAGGUUACUAAGCAGAAGCAGAAGACAGGGAAUGAAUUAUGGAACGUCGGAUGGUAAUAAAAAAGGAAAAUUCAAUCCACCAUCGAAAAGUUUAAUUUUGCAUUGUCACGGAGGAGGUUUUGUUGCUCAAUCAUCUAAAACUCAUGAAGUGUACCUGAGGGAUUGGGCUAACGAAUUAGAUGUUCCUAUUAUUUCAGUUGAUUAUUCUUUAGCUCCAGAAGCUCCUUUUCCAAGAGCAUUAGAAGAAGUUUUUUAUACGUAUUGUUGGAUUUUAAAAAAUUCUCAUUUAUUGGGUUCAACAGGAGAAAAUAUUAUAUUAGCUGGAGAUUCCGCUGGCGCGAAUCUUAUAUUAGGAACUACAUUAAAAUCAAUUGAGUAUAACAUAAGAAAACCGAGCGGUCUUUUCGUUGCUUACGUUCCAGUUAUUGUGUCUUCCACUCCAUCACCAUCAAGGUUACUGUGCUUGAUGGAUCCUUUAUUGCCUCUUGGUUUUUUACUUCGAUGUUUAAAGGCGUAUGCGUGCCCGGAUUUCGAGGUAGAUCAAAAAGGCGUACCUACCGCCGAAGAAUACAAUAAUAAAAUUCAUUCGGACGGGACAUCGACGACCUGUGAUAAAAAAUUAGUCUGUGACAUUGAAAAUUCCGAUAGUAGUAGUAGUGGUAGUAGGGGUAGGAGGGAAAAAGAAUUUUACGAAUGCGUCGUUUCGAAUGAAAAUUACACGUUGGAAAAAAAUUCAGAAGAUUGGGAAGAAGAGAAAAAAUUAAACGAAGCCAACAUAAUAUUAAAUUCUAGCAUGACCGGAAGUCAGAAAAGAACGAUGAUGAUGAAUGAAAAUUCGGGGAGCACUUUGAAUUUUUUCAAAAGGAAAAUAUCGGAUUUCCUUGGGAAUGCAUUUUUCAAAACGGAAACGAAAAAUUAUUGUUUCGAUAAAAUGGAUUUCAUCGAAUCCAAUUAUACGAAUUCGUUGAAAAAUUUAAAGUUUUCCGUACCGAAAGAUCCCUAUUUGAGCCCUUAUUGGGCUCCCGAUGAUAUGUUAAAUCAACUCCCUCCCACCAGUAUAUGUAGCGUACAAUUCGAUCCUUGUUUAGACGAUUGCGUAAUGUUUGCAAAAAAAUUAAAAAAAUUAGGUAUAACAGUGACUCUCGACAUAUUGGAAGGUUUGCCGCACGGGUUUUUAAAUCUCUGUAAGAUAAAUAAAGAAGCCGAAUCGGGAUCAAAAUUUUGCUUACAAAGAAUAAAAGAAUUGAUAAACACAGGCGAAGGAAAUUUAAAUAAUGGUAAAGAUACGAGCACACCGUAUAAAAAUUACAUAAUUGAUAAUAAAUCACAAUCGAUGAUUGAUUUUCAAUGA